AAGAGCCCAGAGAGUCUACGCAGUUAGUGAUCCAGAAGCCCCUGCACCAUGAGUGUCUCUGUGCUGAGCUCUACCAUAUUCCCAGCCAGUAUCUCUGGGCUUCUCCAAGCCACCUCCCUGCUGGUCCUGCUUCUGCUGCUCUUCAAGGCUGUCCAGUUCUAUCUGCAAAGGCAAUGGCUGCUAAAAGCCUUCCAGCAGUUCCCAAGCCCAUCAUCCCACUGGCUCUUUGGGCACAAGCUUAAAGGAGACGAGGAGCUACAGCUUAUUAUGGAAUCUAUAGAGAAAUUUCCAAGUGCUUUUCCUCGCUGGCUCUGGGGAACCAAGGCUUUCUUAACUGUCUAUGACCCUGACUACAUGAAGGUGAUUCUGGGGCGAUCAGAUCCAAAGGCCAAUGUUGCCUACAGAUUCCUGGCUCCUUGGCUCGGGUAUGGUUUGCUACUGUUAAAUGGGCAGACAUGGUUCCAGCACCGGCGGAUGUUAACCCCAGCCUUCCAUUAUGACAUCCUGAAGCCUUAUGUGGAAAUCACAGCCAAUUCAGUCAGAGUGAUGCUGGACAAAUGGGAGAAGCUCAUCGGCAAAGAUUCCUCUCUGGAGAUUUUCCAACACAUCUCCUUGAUGACCCUGGACACCAUCAUGAAGUGUGCCUUCAGCUACCAGGGCAGCGUCCAAUUGGACAGGAAAUCCCAGACGUACAUCAAGGCCAUUGGGAAUCUGAAUGACCUGUUUCAUUCUCGUGUGAGGAAUAUCUUUCAUCAGAACGACACCAUAUACAGUUUGUCUGCUAAUGGUCGAACAAACCACGAGGCUUGCCAAAUCGCCCAUGAGCACACAGAUCGAGUGAUUGAGCAAAGGAAGAUUGAACUACAGAAUGAGAAAGAGCUGGAGAAACUGAAGAAGAAGAGACGUUUGGAUUUUCUGGACAUUCUUCUGUUUGCCAGAAUGGAGAAUGGAAGCAGCUUGUCUGAUGAGGACCUGCGUGCUGAAGUGGACACGUUCAUGUUCGAGGGCCAUGACACCACAGCCAGUGGCCUCUCCUGGAUCUUCUAUGCUCUGGCUAUGCACCCCGAGCACCAGCAGAAGUGCAGGGAGGAGGUCCAGAGCCUCCUGGGAGAUGGAGCCUCUGUCACCUGGGAACAUCUGGACCAGAUACCCUACACUACCAUGUGUAUCAAGGAGGCCCUGAGACUCUAUCCACCAGUUCCAGCUGUUGUCAGAACGCUGAGCACACCUGUCACCUUCCCUGAUGGACGCUCCCUCCCCAAAGGUGUCCUAGUCACACUCUCCUUUUAUGGCCUUCAUCACAACUCGAAGGUGUGGCCAAACCCAGAGGUGUUUGAUCCUUUCCGGUUUGCACCAGAUUCUGUCCGACACAGCCAUGCAUUCCUGCCCUUCUCAGGAGGAUCAAGGAACUGCAUCGGGAAGAUCUUUGCCAUGAAUGAGAUGAAGGUGGCUGUGGCCCUGACCCUGCUCCGCUUUGAGCUGCUUCCAGACCCCAGCAGGGUCCCCAUCCUCAUGCCGCGACUUGUGUUGAAGUCCAAGAAUGGGAUCCACCUGCGUCUCAGGAAGCUCUGCUAAUUGUGUUUUGAAGCUCAGAUGUCUGACAUGGUAUCGCUGGGA